AUGUUGACGAUGGUGAUACUGCUGGCGCUGCUGAUGCUGGGGCGUCUCGGAGGGACAGCAGCGUCUGACCUUCAUGUCUUUGGUAAAUCCAUCCACAACGAUGAGGCCUUGCAGAGCAGCAACGACGACAGACACUCGGUUAGAAAACAGCCUCGUCAGCAGAUGACAAGUGGAAUCCGCAGAAGUCUCGAUCUGGAGAGCUUCAAAAUCCACGUGACGCCGACCACCAGCAAGAUCAGCCUGCCGACCAUCAUCAAGCUGUACCCCCCCACUGCCAAACCCCUCCACAUGCACGUCAACAUGCCCCUGCGCUUCGGCAGGGACAGCAGCGACGACAGGGCGCCCAACUCCAGCCCCAACAUGCCCCAGAGGUUCGGGAGGUCCUGGGAGGUGCUCCAGAUGUGCAGAGAGUGCCGCGACAUCAGAGACGCACCGAGUCCAAUGCUGCCACAGAGAUUUGGAAGAAACGUUCCCUACUGGAGCCUGCUCAGGACUCUGGCCAGCAACCAGUUAUCAAACACUGGUUUGCACUGGACUGAAGAUGUUGACUUUAAAAGAAGUUCAGAAGAAGAUGAUGAAAUGGAAGAAAAAACUUUUCAAGAAUGA